AUGGCGUUAAACCACACUGCCCUGCCCCAGGACGAGCACCUGCCACACUACCUUCGAGAGGGGGAUCCCUUUGCUUCCAAACUUUCCUGGGAAGCGGAUUUAGUGGCGGGAUUUUACCUUACAAUAAUUGGGAUUCUGUCCACAUUUGGAAAUGGGUAUGUCCUUUAUAUGUCUUCUAGACGAAAGAAGAAACUCAGACCUGCCGAAAUCAUGACUAUCAACCUAGCAGUCUGUGAUCUGGGGAUUUCAGGUCACUGGAGGGCACUUCUCCCUGACAACUUGCUUGGUGCUCUAGUUGUAGGCAAGCCAUUCACCAUCAUCUCUUGCUUCUGCCACCGUUGGGUGUUUGGCUGGAUUGGUUGCCGCUGGUAUGGAUGGGCUGGAUUUUUCUUUGGCUGUGGAAGCCUUAUCACCAUGACUGCUGUCAGCCUGGAUCGGUACCUGAAAAUCUGCUAUUUGUCUUAUGGGGUCUGGCUGAAGAGAAGGCAUGCCUACAUCUGCCUGGCGCUCAUCUGGGCCUAUGCCUCCUUCUGGACCACCAUGCCCCUGGUGGGUCUGGGGGACUACGCACCUGAGCCCUUCGGAACCUCGUGCACUCUGGACUGGUGGCUGGCCCAGGCCUCUGUAGGGGGUCAGGUUUUCAUCCUGAACAUCCUCUUCUUCUGCCUCUUGCUGCCCACGGCUGUGAUCGUGUUCUCCUACGUGAAGAUUAUCGCCAAGGUCAAGUCCUCUUCCAAAGAAGUAGCUCAUUUUGACAGUCGAAUCCAUAGUAGCCAUGUGCUUGAAAUGAAACUGACCAAGGUGGCGAUGUUGAUUUGUGCUGGAUUCUUGAUUGCAUGGAUUCCUUAUGCAGUAGUCUCUGUGUGGUCAGCUUUUGGAAGGCCAGACUCCAUCCCAAUACAGCUUUCUGUGGUGCCAACACUCCUUGCAAAAUCAGCAGCCAUGUACAAUCCGAUCAUCUACCAAGUCAUUGAUUACAAAUUUUCCUGUUGCCGAACUAGUGGUUUGAAAGCAACCAAAAAGAAGUCAUUGGAAGAUUUCAGGCUGCACACCGUUACCACUGUCAGGAAGUCUUCUGCUGUGCUGGAAAUCCAUCAAGAGGUAUGAAGAUGGACACAGAAUCACUCAUGGACACAACUUAUUCACAUAUUUGCCUCCUCACUGUUGUUAACAUUUGUGGUCACACUUUUCUCUUUAUAUUAAAUUUUUAUAUUUUGUACACUUUCCCUCUGUUUCCUCAAGUCAGGGUUUGCUGAGAAAUUCCAAUGGACAAAUGGAAACUAGAUAAUAGGAUAUUACUUUAAGGAAUAUUAUUAGAAUGAACAUCCCUGGAACUUUAAUUUUCUUAUACAUAGAAUCUAUUCUCUUGCCAAACAAUAUUAAGUCUAAGAUAUUAAGAAAAAUGUUUAGAUGUUUUCUUUAUUAUGUGUAUUAGGGUGUUAUUUAAUUUUACUAUGUUAUAAUCAUUACUAUUUCCUAAUGUAGGGUCUGUCAAGCAGUAGGUGAGUGUUCAUGGAGAUGGUGUGCUGGGUCAGGGCUCUUUGACUGGUAGAUGCUGCUCAUUUUCACAAUCAUUCCCUUUCCAUGCUGAUGGGAAGGCAGUGAUUCUGCAAAGGAGUUCUCUAGGGAACUAAGUUAUGCCUUAAAUCUCUAAAUGGAAAAACUCUCUUGUGUCUUGGAAUUUGAGAACAAAAUUCUCACUGAUGACAAUUUUACACAUGUGUAAAAUUUUUCAUUCAGUUCUGCUUACUAAUAUACUGGGUGUAACAGGACAUUACUAGCUAUAAGUGCUUAAGAAAUGAAUAUAGUGAAAACAGCUAUUUCAAAGUGUUUUUUCCUUUGUUCAUUUUUAGGUAAAGAUAUGCAAGUAGGAGUGAGAUAGAAUGCUUUCUAAGGCAGAUCCUUGCCUUUUAAAAGCUAAUGAAUGGGAGGAAGCAUGUAAAUAUGGACUAGAGUCCAGUAGGCUUUCAACUCAAAAUCUGUCUUAUCUUCUCUCCUACUCUGAGGAGCAGGGCCGUCAAUACUGCAAUUCUUUCAAUUUCAGAUGUAUGUAGGUAGGUGUCCUCUAUGCUCUUCCAACCCAUCUACCUUCUUCUUCUGCUGUGCUCUUCAAUUCUUACUCUGUCAUUUAACUGCUGCGGGGAAAAGGGGAAGAGAGUGGCUCCUCCCAUGCUGUUGAUAAUCUCUCAAAUGAGGGUUUUUAGAGAACUGGACACUCCUUCAUGGUUCAGUCCUCAGUACAUGGCACCUCCAGUUCCUUUGUCCAUUAGUUUUCUUGAGAGUUGUAGUGGGAGAUGGGGAGUGAGUUAAUGUGUAUUAUUGGCUUAAGAUAUAUGCUAAAUAGAUGCUAUAAAAUGUGCUCUAUGAUUAAAGUGAAAGACAACAACAGCAACAACUCUGCCUGGGGGUGGGGUUGCAUGACAGUAUAAAGGAAAGCAGCAAAAUUGUCACUGGAAUAGAGGCAAGGGAAUUUUAGGUAGACUGAAUUAUAGCGGUGUGAAAGAAUGUGACACCUCAUGUGGAGAGGGCCCAGGUUUAGAACUGUCAUUCUGCACCCUUUGACAACCUUGUAAAUGGGAAGAGAAGCAACAGGAUUGCAGUGUGAUCAUGAAGUUUAGAUGAAAUCAGAUCCAUGCAAGUCACCAACUGUGCCUGUAACUCAGGAGGCACCCCUCUGUGUUAGCAAUUGUUUCUAUGAUUUUUAAAGUCGCUGUGAUGGUCAAAAGUGGGAUGGAAGUAGUAGUCUGGCAAGAGCCACAUCAACCACCAGUGGCCUUGUUGUUUGUGCUAUUCUGUGAGCUUUAUCCUGAAGGCAGUGGGGGAGAAUGUACAGGGAUUAGUAUAGGAGGGAAGACCAGUCUGGUGGCAGUGUGGAGAGUGAAUAGUUUGGGUGUUGCUGGGGAGUCAAGAAUAGAGGUUAGUAGACCAUUUAGGAAGCUAUAUAAAUUUGUAAUUAUAAAGAAAUUAUAGGGCCAGUAUUGUGGCACCAUGGAUUGGGCCACUGCUUGUGAUGCUGUCAUCUCAUCUCGGAGUGCCAGGUUGAGUCCCAGUUACUCCAUUUUCAAUCUAACUUUCUCCUAAUGUGUCUCAAGUGCAGGAGACUAGGGUGGAGUUCUUGGUUCCUGGUUGCAGCCUGGCUCAGCCCUGACUGUUGUGGUCAUUUAGGGAGUGAACCAGUGGAUAGAUGUCUCUCUCCAUCUCUCUCUCUCUCCCCCCAUCUAUCUGUCACUCUAUCUUUCAAAUAAACAUCAUUUUUUUUUUAAAAAAAUUAUAAAUUGUGAAGGCCUGAAUUAAGGAUUGGUAAUAGAAGUAGAGACUAUUUUAAGAAAUAGGUGUUUUUGGCAAUGGAUUGCACAGAGGCAGAAGCAUCACUGAUGGCUUGGGGACAUCUUCUUACAAAAUAGUGUGGAUGGUGGUGUCCACAGAAGGGAAAAAUGCAGAAGAGGGAGUGGGACUGCAGACAGAAUGCAUUAUAUUUGAAGUGUGUUGAGCAUAGGGCAUUUGCAAUAUAGGUAAAGACAAUCAAAAUAGUUGGUUGAAAAUCUAAAAGCAUACUCAAAUGAUAUGGAUAUUAUAAAGUUAGGGAGUCAAGGAGAUAUGAAAAGAAUGCUAAAGGGGAAACUACUUGUUCAAAAGACCCAAAGGAAAUAAGUGGGAGGAGUUUGUUUUGUUUUGUUUUUAAGAUGAAUGUUUGUGGAUGUGGAUGAUGGAGAGGAGAAGAGGCAGAAAAGAAUAUUCAAGUUGGUGUAGAUUUAUCCAGAAAGUAGAAUUUAAUAUUUUUAUUUUAUAGAAGUCCCUGAAGGUAGAUGAUACCUGCUCAUUUAUUAACUGUUUAACUAGAAUGUGGUCAUAUGCACAGCUUAAAAAGACAUAUAUGAGAAAGGAUUAGCAUUGUGAGGAGGGAAAAAAGAAUUGAAAUAUGAGGUGCUUUGGGGGAGAUCUAGAAUUAAUUCUGCUACCAAUUUGAAACUGUGAUUUAAAUCCUCCAUGUUCUGGUUCCACAUUUCUUUUUAGUAAUACUCUGAUAAUAGGGAGGCAGAAGAAUUAUUACCAGAAUUGAUGUAUAAAGAGACAGUUCUUGGGGGCAGAAUGAGGGGGAGAGAAGAGUGAGGAGUAGCAUAGGGUCCUCUUGCAUUCCAAGUAGACCAAGGUGAUAGGAAUAUAUUUCAAGUAAAAUCCUGUUAUUUGGUUGUUUGAAAUUCAAAUAUAUCAAGAUUCAAACCUUGUGCCCAUUUAGAAUUGAAAUGCUAACUGAACAAUUCAAGACUCAUUUAAUUUUCCUUUGAAGAAUAUACUACUGCUAUUGAUGGGAGUCUUUUGCAAUGUGAGCUACAAAAAUAUCAAUGGAAAUACUUCUUCAUUGAGUUAGUACAAAUGAGGGAGAACAGAUGAAGGAGAGGAGAGAGUGAGCUGAGGAGUGGGAUAUUGAAGGGCUUGGUAAUGCUGGCAUCACAGAGUGUCUUAAAGGUUGCCAAAAUGUCAGAGGACAUUAUAUGGAGAAGGAAGAUAUAUGUCACUACCGAAAAAGGUUAGUGAUGUAGCAUCAGUGUUUGAUUAAAUAACUAAUUCUGUAGAGGGAGCCAAGUCUCAUUGUCCAAAAGGUCAAAGUGUUGACCAUUCUUUACUGCUUUUGUGAAAAAGAGGGAGAAAGCAAGAAUUAUAAGAGCUUUAGUGAGGUUAGUAGGAAAACACAAUCAAGGGCAUGCCUUCCUUCAGUACAGACAUCGCUUAAAGUCUAAAAAUCUUAGUUCAUGCCAUGUAGCUAAACCUUUGGUCACAACUGUGGCCGUGAAUGGGUUUUUAGAAAUUAUUUAUUUUGAAGUAUUUUUAAAAGAUUGUCCAACUUUCAACAUAUAUUCUAACAUCCUUCAGGUUCAGCAGGUUAUGGGAUUGUAUGGAAAAUAUUCUGAAAUCAUUUUAUCCAAGAAACUUGAAUCAAAAUAGCUUUGGCAUUAACACUAUUUUUUGAUUUUGAGCCUGCUUUCCUAACCACGCCAAAUACAUCAUUAUAGCACCAUGAAAUCUAGAACAAAAUGACAUUCAGGUUCAGAGUACGGUUCUAGAAUUAGCCAGACCUGAUGUCAAAGUCAAGUUCUGUCGUUUACCAGAUGUGUGAUUAAAUUACGUGAUCUUUCGUUGUCUUUACUUGUCCCAGCUGUGAAAUAGGGCCAAUCUUACUUCAUCAGGACUUGUUGUAAUUCAUAUAAAGUUUAUAAAUUUCUUAGGACACUUCUGGCCCAUUAAAACAUGAAAUAAAUGGAAGCUAUUAUUGUUGUUAGAAGAACCAACUGCAGGUAGAUUUUGUAUUGACAGCGGUAGAUUCUUUCCCAAAGGUGGUAGGUGAGCAUCCCUCCAGAUUUCAAGUCACCAUAGAUUUAGGAGAUGUUCAAGCUUUAUGAGAAUAUGAAAAGCAAGCCAAGAUUUUGUGGAAAUAGCUACUGCUGGCUCUGCCAUAAGGAAACUGCUAGUGUUAAGCUCAGUAUCUUGAGAAGAUGCUUGCCAGGUUGAACAUGUUGGAGGUGGCAGGUUGGGCAUGAAUCCACAGAGCAAAAGAUUUUCUCUGUUCCAGUGGAAGCCAUCUGGAAGGAGAGGAGGGUCAGAGCAUAUUGUAUUUUUAGCUAUGAUGCAAGGAUCAAAAUGAGCAGGUGUUCAGUAGAUGGUUCACUGUGGUGAGAGCAUAAUAAUUUCCUACUGUUGACCACUUGGGAAUAGAGACAGAACCAGAAAUUCUAUUAGGGGUUCAAAUCAGCUAUAGAAAUUGUCAGUUACUGGAGUCUGAUUUCUACCUAGAAAGUGUAUCUAAAGCAAAGAAGAUUUGAUUUAAAAAUUUUAUCUAGGAUUUUUAAACCACUAAACUUCAGGUAUGAUGUAUAAAUAGAGAGAGUGGUUUAAAUCUAUCUUACCAAUAAUGUAGUCUACAGACCUAGAGCUUGGGUGAUCCCUGAGAACUGGUUAGAAAAGCAGAACUUAAGCUACAUACCUGACCUCCUGAGUCCAAAUCCAUAACCAGGUGAUUUGCAUGCCCAUUUUUUAGUUGGUUAGGUCAAUGGUCUGUUGAGAGUAUAAUCUCAAGUCUUAUCUAGAAAUCUUUCCCACUGAAUAUGGCAUGAUCAGAACUUGCUCACGCAAUAGCAAUGGUAAGCUGUGUAAGAGCAGAGACUUGAAAUAUUUAUUGUGGCCUUUGCUACUGGAGAUAAGAAGCCUCUGUGAAAGAACUCGAACAAAGCAACAGUGUGGCUUCAGGGAUCUUGUAGGGAGAACUCUGAGACUGCGGCCUUCUACAGAAUGUGGGGACCAGGACCCCUUCACCUACCCAAAAAACCAGGGGAGGGGAAAACGAGGCUAUUGAGGGAACCAGCAUUUCUUUACAUACAGCUGUAUUAGCAGGGUUUGACUACUUCAACCUAGCAUGUUAAGAGAGAAGUAUAUUUUCUCUUAAUAUCAAGAGUUACACUUUUCUAAGUAUUUUUCUGCUUUUAAAGAGGCAUCCACUAUUAACACCCACCUGCCACACAUGCAUACACACCCAAAUGUACAAAAUGAACAAAAUCUAUUUUGUUAGAGGAAAGAAAAGCAUCUGAUCCUUUUGAAAAAUGAACCAAAUUUGCCAGCAAGCAUGUGGGAUGUACACCAACUGCCCAGAAUUAGAUCUGAAUCUACCCAUUUUGACAUUCCAUCUAUGUAGAAGCAAAACCAUGUGGAGUCCCAGGCUGAUAAAAUGUUCUGAAGGAUUGGAAGUGAAGAAUAAUUGCAUUGAAACAGCAAGCUACUGUCAACACUCCCAGACAGUGGAGAAGCUGAUGCCCUUCUCUAAAUAUAGGACCAGACCUAAAAGUUGUAUUUCCAAACUAGUGUUUUGCAAGAACACACUGCCAGUGAGGAGUUGGCAGGGCACCCACCCAAAGGAUAAUAUUCUGUAGUGGAGCUUGAAAUGUGGCAUAGCUGGGCCCUUGGCUCGGGAUGAGUUGACACUAGGUAUUACACAAGGAUGAUGCUUUUCAAAGGGGAAGAUGCUCCAAAGUGAGAGGAUACUCCACUUAUCUCUUUUGAGCUAUUCAUGUUAUUUUGGAUGAAGUACUGUGCAGGCCUGGACAUAAGCAGGCAGGUAGGCCUAGGAGCCAAGAGACCAGGCAGACACCAUUGUGAGAAGUAACUAGUGCUAGGUACUCAUGACAUGAGUUAAAGCAACUUGGGGGUGAGUAGACGAGGCAGAAAAGAGAGGGAAAGCAGAGGCACCUGUGAGUGGCUGGGAAUGUUAGUGAGCAAGAAAAUUUCCUCUCUCAUUCAGAGUG